GAAGACGAAGAAGAAGAAGAAGAAGAAGAAAGCCUCGAGAUGGAGGCAGGGGGUUAAUUUAACUCGAAAAAUAGCGAAUUAACGCGGACUUUGGAGACAAUUGACAUUUCAUUUCCAUAAAGACAUUACAGUAGUUUCCACAAGGAAGAGUCGUGUGUUAAAUUUAGAUUAAUUGACUAAGUCAGCACUGGAUAUUUUGGGUGUCACAAAACUGUCACUAUGGCAACAGAUAUUGGCUCACCUCCCCGGUUCUUCCAUAUGCCUCGGUUCCAACACCAGGCACCUCGUCAGGUGUUCUACAAGAGGCCGGACUUUGCCCAGCAGCAGGCUAUGCAGCAGCUCACUUUCGAUGGCAAACGCAUGAGGAAAGCUGUGAACCGCAAGACCAUUGAUUAUAAUCCAUCUGUCAUCAGAUAUCUUGAGAAUCGAUUGUGGCAACGAGAUCAUCGUGAUUUCCGUGCUAUUCAACCUGAUGCAGGAUGCUACAAUGAUCUUGUUCCUCCAGUUGGUAUGCUUAAUAACCCUAUGAAUGCUGUUACAACAAAGUUUGUCAGAACCUCCACCAACAAAGUCAAAUGCCCUGUGUUUGUUGUGCGGUGGACUCCUGAAGGCAGACGACUUGUAACAGGUGCCUCCAGUGGGGAGUUUACUUUAUGGAAUGGGCUCACAUUUAACUUCGAAACAAUUCUGCAGGCGCAUGAUAGCCCUGUCAGGGCAAUGACUUGGUCUCACAAUGACAUGUGGAUGUUGACUGCUGACCAUGGAGGUUACGUGAAGUACUGGCAGUCCAACAUGAAUAAUGUCAAGAUGUUCCAGGCUCACAAGGAGGCGAUUAGAGAGGCCAGUUUCUCUCCUACGGAUAAUAAAUUUGCCACUUGCUCUGAUGAUGGAACUGUACGCAUCUGGGACUUUCUGCGCUGUCAUGAGGAAAGAAUUCUUAGAGGUCAUGGAGCAGAUGUGAAGUGUGUCGAUUGGCAUCCCACAAAGGGCUUGGUGGUGUCUGGCAGCAAAGACAGCCAGCAACCUAUCAAAUUUUGGGACCCAAAGACUGGACAAAGUCUGGCAACACUACAUGCACAUAAAAAUACAGUCAUGGAGGUGAAGUGGAACCUCAAUGGAAACUGGCUAUUGACGGCGUCACGUGACCAUUUAUGCAAACUGUUUGACAUUCGCAACCUCAAAGAGGAGCUGCAGGUUUUUAGAGGACAUAAGAAAGAAGCCACAGCUGUAGCUUGGCACCCAGUUCAUGAGGGCUUGUUUGCCAGUGGAGGCUCUGAUGGAUCAUUGCUAUUUUGGCAUGCAGGUGUGGAAAAAGAGGUGGGAGGAAUGGAGAUGGCUCAUGAAGGAAUGAUCUGGAGUUUAGCCUGGCAUCCACUGGGCCACAUCUUGUGUUCUGGGUCUAAUGAUCAUACCAGCAAAUUUUGGACAAGAAAUCGGCCAGGGGACAAGAUGCGGGACAGAUACAAUCUGAACUUGUUGCCUGGAAUGUCAGAGGAUGGAGUGGAGUAUGAUGACAUAGAGACCAGUAGUGUUGCAGCCAUUCCUGGCAUGGGGAUCCCAGAACAGCUGAAGGCUGCCAUGGAACAAGAACAAACAGGCAAAGAGAUGGCGGCAGAACCAGAGAUGAGCAUUCCAGGGCUAGACUGGGGAAUGGAAGAGGUCAUGCUGAAGGACCAAAAAAAGCCCCCGACUAAAAAGGUUCCUUAUGCAAAGCCAAUUCCAGCUCAGUUUCAGCAGGCCUGGGCAGAGAAUAAGGUUCCAGCGAUGCCUCCCGGAGAGGUUCUAAAAGAAAGGAAGGAUGAGAAGACAGUAGAUGGCAAAAAGAAGACGCAAGCAGAGAUUGAGCAGGAAAUGGCUGCCCUGCAGUAUACAAACCCAGUGUUGCUUGAGCAACUGAAGAUUGAGCGAAUGGCACAGUUGCAAGAGCAGGGAAUGCCUCCCCCUGCUGGACAGUCAGGGCCAAUGCCACCCUUUCCGGGGCAGGGUGGUCCGAUACCCCCACCGACACAAGGCUUUCCUCAGUCCAUGCCUCCACAACAGAUGCACCACAACGUGCCUCCAAUGGGACCAGGUGGAAUACCUGGUCCUUUCAUGCCACCAGGCCAGAUGGGUCCACCAGGACCUCCCAUGCAUCAGGGUCCCCCUCCUCAGGGCAUGAUGGGUCCAGACAUGCACAGACCUCCACGUCACUCAGGCGCUCACAGGAAUAUGGGACCCCAGGGUCCUCAUGGUAUGCAACCUGGCCCCAGAGGCAUGCAAGGACCUCCCCUAACAGGAAUGCCCCCAGGUUCUGGUGGACCUCCAGUUGGUAUGAUGGGACCACCACCACGAGGACAGGGGCCACCACAGGGAGGUAUGAUGCAUCAAGACAUGAGGGGACCUGUGCCUCAUGGAAACAUGAUGGGCCCUAAGGGACCCAUGCAAGGAAGUAUGAUGGGGCCUCCACCCAGGACUCAUGGUACCAUGCAGGGAAAUAUGCAUGGAAUGGGGCCUCCUCCAGGGGGUAUGCAUGGACCACCAAACAACAUGCAAGGGCCACCAGGAAACAUGCAGGGCCCUCCACCAUAUAUGCAAGGCAAACCACCACACAUGGGUGAUGGAAACCGUGGACAGUUCAACCAGGGACAUAAUCCUGGGCCUCAAUCAAUGAUGCAUGGAAUAGGACAGCAGGGUCCUAACGGGAAAGGAGAUGGUCCUCGAGGACCACCUAACCACCACAUGGGACCCCCAACAGAGCGACAAGAUCCUGGUCAGGGCUCAGAUGGGGGCCAGUACUGGGGUGAUGAUGGGGGUUAUCAAGAAGGCUGGAGAAGAGGUCCUGGGCAGGAAUACUCUGUAGGCCACAGAGGAAUCUCUGGUGGACCAUGGGAGGCCCAAGAAAGGUUUUCCUCGAAUGAUGGAGAGUACAUGGGACACAACAGAUAUGAUGGCUAUGAGGACUCUGAUGAGGAGUUUAACCAGAGGCAAAGACGGCCACCGCAUGGAGAUGACUCAUACCGGAGGGGUGGCCCGAGUGGCCGUGGUGAAAUGGGCGGCUACCAAGAUGAGUAUGGUGGAGAUGAGAGCUUUGAUUCUCAAGAAGACAUGGGCCAAGGUUGGGGUGGAAGAGGUAGACCACGUGGUGGACCGCCAAGAGGAGGUCAUGAGAGUUAUCAGGAUGGUCAGCGGCCAGAUCACAAUAUUCAUGACAGUCCUUCUCCAGCCAGUAGAGAGCGUUCCUCCUCUCUACAGGGCAUGGAUAUGGCCUCUCUGCCACCACGCAAACGGCCAUGGCAUGACGGACCGGGCACUGGUGACAUGGACUCCUCUGGUGCAGGGCCUGAUGACCGAGGAGCAGGUCGACCGUCACCAAGAGACGAAGGUGGGUUUGGACCUCCAUCAAGGGGAGGAAGAGGAAGUUGGGGCCGUGGUGGACUGCCAAACCCAGGUGGCCCUGGUCCCAAUUUGGGCCCAAAUAUCAGGCGAGGGGCUCCACGUGGUGUUAUGAGGGGAGGUCGGGGACGGUAGGAAUGGUCACACCUGCUUUCCCGGGCACAAUGGGGUUAAACCGACUACAGUGAAGACGGGGUAAACAAAAAACCACACAUGGCUAAAAUACCAGCUUCCUUGAGGGUCUGAACAAUUAUGCAGGCUUGGACCGAUGUCUGGAAGCACUUCACUAUUAUCAGCAUGGAACCCUAAUUGGUGGCUAAGGUUUUAGCUUUUUCCCUACAACGUAUUGGACAGAUGGUGGUGGGUACCAGUUAUCCAGGGUCAGAUGUUGUGGCUCAUGAUGCCCCUUGCUAUCUGCUUGGUGUACACAUGGUACAUGGCGUUUAUUCUAACCUUCCCUGCACUGAGCAGCUGAUCUCUUGAACCGUGGCAGCUGAAUUUAUACCAGAACCUGAGUCCCUUCUUUAUUUUCCUUUUUUUUUUUUUUUUUGGCUUCUGAUGUAUGGAAACAAUGUUUUGUGUACCAGUGAAUUCCUCUGUCAGAUUCUGUCAUCCAGCAAAUGCAUGUCAAUCUAGGUGAUGUUGAACUGGAAUCAUCUUGUGGACUGUCUAUUACUAGAGAAAAGUGGACUCUUGAAUGUUCCACUCCCCCCGGGGCUGUUUAUUUAAUUUCAUCUUUAUAUAAAAUAAUGGAUAUAAUCUUUCUGUAAACUUACCAGGCUACUUUGAGUGACAAAGUUGCAGACUUUGUUUCUGUGUGUACAGUUUGUCAAAAAAUGUGUCAUAGUUUUGUAUGAAACGAUAAUAGACUGUGCAAAAUUUAUGUAAAAACUCUCUGCUCUUGUCAUUUCUUUUUCACCCACUCCUUAGUUGUGUUUCUGAUACUGACACUCUUGAAGGCAGCAGUCCUGAUUCUGGAGAUCUGUCUUUCUUUUAUGCAUUCCUGUAGAAGUGUGGUCACACAAGCCCAAGAUUCUCUAUUGGUCAUUGUGGUCUCAUUGUGAAUUCACAGACAGUUCACAACAUUUUUUUUCAAUACAUUGGAACUGAAUACUAUACAUUUAACUUGCUUUUCCAGUCUCCCACAAUUGCAUGUAUAUGACUGGUGCGUCAGUGGAGUGAAAAGUCAACCGUGAUGGCCCUUUAGUUCCAACCCUGCUUUAUAUAUAUGUAUAUAUAUAUUCAAGAAUGUUGUUUACAGUUUGAUUUAAACUUGACAGCAAGUUAGAUCAUCGGUAGAACAUAGAAGCCAUGAUUUGAACACUCUUGACCAGAUUUUACAUAAAACGACAAUUUAUCUGUGAA